AUGGUUGCUGAGGCCGGGAUAAAUGCGAUUCGUGAAGGUUAUACAAUGAAUGGAGCCAAGCAGUCUGUACUUAAAGCUGUGCUUGCAGUUUGUUCACCAGGUAAUGAGGUUAUUAUUCCUGGUCCAUUUUAUGUAAGCUACCCUGGAGUGGCAAGGUUAGCUGAUGCUACGCCUGUAAUUCUUCCUACACUCAUCUCCAUCAAUUUUCUCUUGGAUCCAGAGGUUCUUAAGUCCACAAUCAGUGAGAAGUCAAAGGCACAAGGUGGCUUAAAUGGAACACAGAAGGAAAAGAGGAUUUGUGAAUCUGUUCGCUGCUUCUUCAAAACUUCGUUUGGAGAGGGAGCUUCAAGGGCCUUGCCGAGUUUGCCUUCUGAAGCAGGAUUGCCAUAUCUUGGUUUCAAUAGUCAUAUGUCAUUUGCAGCAUGGAAGCUUCACUACUACCAAUGGGCAAUGCAGAUAUUUGAGCAAUAUAACAUCAGUGAAGUUACCAUCCCUUUGAAGCUGGGGCAAGCUGAGAGCUCUGCUUUUGUUCUUAAGUUUCAAUUAAAUGAUGCCACUAAUCUUUAA